AGUAGUAGAUGAUCGUUAAUUUAGAAGAAAAAUGGAGGUUGGAAUAUCAAAGGAUUUAAUAACCCAACUCCAGAUCUCACUUCGCAAGCAAGCCAACGUGCCUUCCUACGAUCCGAACGACCCAUCGCUUCCCGGUCUCCCUUCCUUCCUUCACUCAGUCGAUGACUCUCCCCGCCUCCGCUGCCACCACUGCAAGGCCCGUCUCCUUCGAGGCUCCGACUCCCUCCUUUGCAUUUUUUGCGGCAAUCGCCCCACUGAGACGCCGCCUCUGCCUAUCAAAUUCCAGUCCACUUCGGGUUACCGAUGGUUUCUUCACUCUCUUAACUUGGAUGGAUCUGAAAUUGUGGGAGAGUCUUUAGACGGAAAUGGAAGGGAUAAAGAACGUAGAGAGGAAUCUUCUUUAUCUGACAUUUUAGGUUUAGAAAUAAGGUGGAAUGAUUCAGAGCCAGAGAGGUUUGAUUCUGGUUUAAGAAAGAAUAAUCCGUUGAAUUUGGCUGGACUUGAUCUUGGUGAUGAUUUUUUAGCUGAAAGGAAGGAAGAUUCUGAUCCGAUUCCCUCUGAAGGGACAUCGGCAGUAAAGAAAGGGAUUGGUUCUACUGGAAGUACUGUGCUCGUGGAAUCGCCUGGCAAUUUUCAGGGUUCGGUCUCUGGUUGGCAGGCUGACUUUCAGUCUUCCGAUUAUAGAGCUGAUCAAGGUGCUAUUAGCUCGGCGUGCUUUGAUCCUUAUGUGAGUUCCUCAAAAGAUAUUUCUUCCAACAUGGGCAUGGUCUUAGGACAGGGUACUAGUUUAUUUGAUGGAAAAGAAAAAAGCAACCAAACUUCUUUGGAUUCCAAAACACCAGACUGGUUUCAAGGAGAUUUCAAGAGUAAUUCCAUUUCCGGUGAUCAAGCACAAAGCAGUACCAGCAAUGCCCCUGGUGACAGGACUAUCGAUGUCGAUGAUGAUUCCUUUGAUGAUUGGAAUGAUUUUAAGGGCUCCACCAUUGCACAAGAUGUUGCUCAUUCUUCGGACCAGACUUCUGGUGGUUUGAAGUCAAUACAUGAAAAAGGUUCUUCUGCCGAUCUUUCUACUCACAUGGAUAGUGUCUUUGGAACAGGAGACUUCUUCGAGGGAAAAGCAGUAGAUAACACAACUUCAUCACACAGUAGUAAUUGGUUUCAGGAUGAUCUCUGGGGUAGUUCCACUUCAAAGACAGUUCAUCAUGCUGAGCAAUCUAAUGAGAAUGUGGGUGAUAAGGAUGGAAGGACAUUAGCAAAUAUAAAUAAUUCUUCUGUGAGCAUAAACAAAGUUCAAGACGAUCAAUGGCCAUUGAGUAGAGUCGAAGCAGCUGACAGUGGAACCAAUGAUGAAGAUGAUGAUUCAUUUGGAGCUUGGAAUGAUUUUAAAAGCUCAAGUGUCCUGAAUUCUUCAAUAAGUUCUUCGAAUGAACAUUCUAUACAUGCUACUACUGAAUUAAAGAGUAGCGACCCUUUUUCUGGAUGGAACCCUGAGUUUCAGUAUACUAAUUCUGAAAAUAAUCAUGUGGAUUCCAAAUCAUCUGAUCCUUUUGUGGGUUCCUCGGUUGAUCUCUCUGAUCAUAUUGAUACUGUCUUUGCAUCGGGAAAAGAUUUAUUUGAUGGGAAGGCAAAAGAUAGCUCUAAUGCUUCUGAUGCAAACAGGUGGUUUCAGGAUGAUCUAUGGUCCAAUUCUACCUCAAAUUUAACUCAUCAAGCUGAAAACUUGGAUGCAACUGGUAAUAGUAUGGAUUCUGGAACAGCUAGGGGUGUGCAUGAUCCCCCCUCGAUGGAUGUUGAUUGGUUUCCUGAUGAUCAAUGGUUAACAGGUAACCAGAAGCCAUCUGAUGCGAAACCUAUUGAUGAAUCAGAUGAUUCAUUUGGUGAUUGGUUUGACUUCAAAAGCUCAACUACCAAGCAAGAUUCUCUUAGUAAUUCUUCAAAACAAGUUGUUAGAACUGAUAAUCAGACCAUUGAUGAUAAUAACAGCUUGUCUGCUGCCUGGAAUGAUUUUUCAAGCUCAACUAGAGUGAAAGACCCGUCAAGUAUUUCUGUAGAACAAAAUGCUGUCCAUCAAGAAAUGCCUUCCCUUGAAACUUCAGGCAAUAACAAUUUUGGUAGUUUAUCUCAACAUGAUUUCUUUUCGGGGGCAUUCAGCAAUCAAAAUGGCUCGUCCAAAACCAAUAUUUUCUGGUCUGCAGCUCCCCUUUCAGACUGGAUGGGUGAUGCAAAUGUAAGAGGCAGCAGUAAAGGUGAAGGUGCAAAAGAUGGUGAUGUCUGUAAUGCAACAGCAUCAACAACUGGUUCAAAAAGUGAUGAAAUAGAGAGAUUGAUGUUACAAAUGCAUGAUCUUUCAUUUAUGUUAGAAAGCGAUCUUUCAAUACCUGCAAAACGUGAUUAACAUUCUAAUGUCUGGGAGCAAUUCGACUUCUUUAUUAUAUUAUGGUUGCCUUGUAUUCUAGGUUUGAUUGGUCCACGUAUUUCAGCCCCUGUAUCCUGUGCUGCUGCUCGUCUUUCUUCCUUGUAUUAUGAAACGGUGAU